AUGUCUGCGACGUCCGCUCCAAACGACGAGGACGCGGCGUUUGUUGGCGGCCGUCAUGUUAGUGUCACCACUCUCACCACCAACCCGGGAGGCUCGAAGCUCUCCGAAAAUACCCACAAGACGCUGCACGGGACUCGGGUGGUGCUGAAGCGAACGGCCGUGGUGGUCGUGUACGUGGUUGCCCUUGUGGUGGGCGCGCUGGUGCUGCUGCUCUACGCGGUUGUCGUCCUGCCUCCCAAGAGGGCUCGAAGGCGUUUUUUGGGCACCGGGAAGGAGGACGAGGUUUUGACCAAUGACUGGUGGGGGCUACAUGAUGGGGACGAUGUUGCGGCGAGGGAGAAGAGAAGCCCCAAGAAGCUCAACAUGCGCAAGGACAUCGAGCUACGCACAUGCUACAUCACCACGAGGGAUGGUGUCAAGCUGGCCACGGACGUCUGGAUCCCGCUCAAGGCUCUGGAGAAGAGGAAAACGCUGCCGGUCGUGUUCCAUCAGGCCAGGUACUACCGUUCGGCGACCCUUCGGUGGCCUUUCAAUCUCUUCGUCAACGGCGGCAAGCCAAUCAGCUUCAUCAACGACCCCUUCUUCAAGAGUUUCUUGUCUCAUGACAUGGUUCUCGUCUCUGUUGAUGUCCGCGGAACGGGAGCGUCUUUCGGGACGCACCCGGGACCAUGGAGCCCCGAAGAGCAACAGGAUUCCUUGGAGGUGCUGGACUGGAUCGACCAACAAUCGUGGAGCAACGGAAGGGUGGCGCUUUGGGGCGUCAGCUACGAGGGCACGAGUGCUUUCUUCACAUCGCUGCUCAGGCACCCCAGUGUGGUGUGCUGCUGUCCCAUGUUUUUCUUCUGGGACGUGUACGACGACAUUUCGCACCCGGGGGGGGUUCCGAUGAGGCAUUUUUCGGUGUCAUGGCAGGGUUUUAACGACUCUCUGGACUCCGGCUGGGUGCAGAGCACGGGCUGGAUGGCGAGAAUUUUCCUGGAAGGGGUGACGCCGGUGAAGUCAGAGGAUUCUUGGGGGUACCAGGCCCACCAAGCCAUCAGCCAACACAAAGACAACUGGAGUCUUCUCGAGGACGACCACAUCCGGUACAUGGACGACAGGUCGAGGCAGACCGGCCGCGUGGUCAGGUCUGCCUGCGCCAGCCAAGCCGUGCAAAAUCUCCUCGCCGAGAGGCACGGGUGUUGCGGCCCCGCUCCAGGGCCGUCGUCAAACCCACGCGGUGGUAGUGGCCCUGACUCCGAGGAACCCUCGUGCGCCACCUUGGCAUCACCGCCAAAUUUUGAUGGCAUCACCUCGGCACUGAGCGCGGACUGCUCAUCGGACGAGAAUAGUGAGCGGAAGGCUGAUUCCACGCCCCACGGCAAGCCCGGCAUGGAAGAGAGCGGCUGCGAGGCUAGCGGCGGGGAGAGAACAGUGGCUGGUGGCGGCACCAGUGGCAGUUUUGAAGAGAAGGAGGAAGGGAACGACCAGGAGAAAAACGACGGCGCCACUGGACAAGCACAGAAUGGUGAUGAAAAGAUGGUAGAGGAGACACCGCAGCAGCAGCAGCAGCAGCAGCAGCAGGAAGAAGAAGAGAACUUAGACAAGAUCCUCCCUUUCUACCUUCACGUGUCCGGAUGGCUUGACGCGUCUGCGCACGCCGCGGUAAUGGCCUUCACGACACUCCCUUGUAGAGGCUCGGAGCUUCUGGUUGGACCCUGGAACCAUGGGGGGCACCAGCACGUCCGGCCUCACCACGUCACGACUCUGUCUAAGUUUGACUUCAAGACCGAAGUUUCAGGGUUCCUGGUUCAGCGUCUCUCCCAAGACAACCCUUCGGACUCGGCAAAAGCAUCGGACUCGGCAAAAGCACCCGCGGCCGACCCAGAAGCGCCUCUCGAAAGCAGCACGGCGGCGGAGGCCGGGACAACCACAGCGACGAGAGAUGCCCAAGCUUCUUCUUCUCCCGCCCAUACCACGCCGACGCGCUUAGACGUGCCGUCAUCGUCGUCGCCCACUCCAUCUGUGCCUCUGCUGCAAGACGGCGGCGAUGCCGGUGCCAAUGCCGCCGCUGCUGUUGAUGCUGGGGCGACGGAGGCUGUUGACGCUGCUGCGGAGGGCGGCGGCGGCGCGAGCGUUCUCCUCGAUGAGAGCCAGGAGUCGAAGGCCCUGUGGAGGCGGGCCCGGCCUAGGGUCAGAUACUUCACGCACCAGGAAGAAAGAUGGCACGAUUCCGCCGACUUUCCUUCGGAUCGCGCCGACAGGACCGACGUGUUGCUGUUCCUAGGCGACACGGAACAACACCCGCUCUCCACCAAGCAGACAGUCCCAGGGGGACCCGCAACAAAUGCGCAGAAAGAGGGGGAGGGUGCGGCAACGAUCCACCAUGGCGUUAACGCUGAAGGGGUAGAGGGGGGCGAGGGUAGUGGGGGCUCUGAGCAGACUGGACGUGAGCUGGGGAGCAGCGGAGGCGAGGCUGCGGCGGACGGGAGCGGUGCGGAGGCUAAGCGGGGCGUGAGGGUAAGGCUGUCAUCACGCUUGACAAGCUGGCCAUCCUUCAGGAAACCCAGGCUGACGCUGUCCCAAGGCUCGGGGGCGCGGGAAGAGGAAGCAAGGACCCACGAGCUGGAGGUGGACAUGUUGGAAGACCACGACGGCGAAGGGAUCAGCCGAUGGGCAGCCAUGACCGAGUUCUUGAGCCUCAUCUCCUACCAGAUGGACGGAAUGCGGUCGAACCACUUGCGCUUCACCUCUGCGCCGCUGAGACAGGACAUAGAGGUGACGGGAUACCCGGUGGUGUCGCUGUGGGUGAGCGCUGCGGACGACAUUGCAAAGCUGGACGUUUUCGCGUACCUUCAAGCUGUUAGACCCAGGACGGGACUGUCGAUCUACGUGACGGAGGGGUGUUUCCGAGCGGAACACCGUAAGGAGGCCCUCAGGACAGAACCUGUCGACGUCCGAGCCCUGCCGGGGGUACCUAUCCACAGCUAUCUGCGGUCAGACGCGCAGCCGCUGAGGAAGGGGCAACCAGUGGAGAUAAAGUUCAAGCUCAUGCCCACCUCUUUCAAGUUCCUGAAGGGACAGCGGGUGCGCCUGUCCAUAGGAGGGGCCGACGCCCGCCACUUCCACCCCAUCAUCCCGACUCCUCCUGGAAGCCGCACGGCCUCUAGCGGGGGCGCAGCAGCCGCCAUCCCCGGGCGUAGCACCGCCGCCCCGGGCGGUAGCGCUUCUGCUGCUGUGGGAGGGGCGUCGAGCAGCGUUGCGACGAAGAGGGUGUUGCGGGUGCACACCGGCGGCGCGUUCGCUUCGAGCAUCAGCCUGCCCGUGCCUUGCCGUGGUGGCAACGACAUCGUCGGGGCGGAGCGGGGGUCUCUGCGACCGGGCGGAGAAGAAGGCCUGCUGGCGACGGCGCGGGCCAGCAACGCAGUGGGCGCAACUCCAACAUUACCGGGGCGGGCACGCAGCCUGUCCUCCAUCCCUAGGCGCCUGCCUUCUAUCAGCGGCGACAGCUUGUUGGCGGAGGAGGAAGAGGGGGGCGACGUGGUCCGCAGGCAUCGCAGCGAGGGGCGGUUGCAAGACUUUCUGGGCGGCUUUGCUCCGGGGGCGGAGAGGCCGGGAGGGUUAGGCUUGUUCGAAGCGUGAAGGGCGGCCUAGAUGGGCAGGUGGUACACAAGUCCGCGAGGUUUCUUAGAGUAGAUUGCCCUGCUCACGCAGGGCUGCCUCCAACCCGAGGUCCGCUUUCCUUUGAACGUGCGUGCGUGGUUGGUUACGACCAAGUGUUGUCCAAGUAAAACGCCACGAGACUUGCGUUACGCGAACAGCCGGCGCGCGGCUUUUUUUUUGCCGAAGCUUUUUCGCCGAAACUAAAUACUUGCGGAAUCGUCGAGACUCUAGUGGUGAUCGUGCUUCACAACACUUACAUGCACGCAAGGUUUUUAGGAAAAAUGCAAAAAGCACAGAGAAAGACUAGUUGCACGUCCGAGAUAUAUAUGUAGUAG